AUGGAAUCCGCCGACUGUAAGGAAUCAAACUCAAGCGCCACAACCAUGACGGAGAAGGAGCCCGGACGUGAACAGCCGGACCUGGAGCAGGGCAAGACACAGAUGGCAGAAACAUCUCACCUCUACCCUGAAACAGACCUCGACCGCGGAGUUGUGGGAUGGGAAGGACAAGAUGAUCCUGCGAAUCCGCUCAACUUCGCCCCCGGCAAGAAAUGGGCUCUACUGGGGCUCAUCAGCGCAUUUACCUUCGUUAGUCCGCUUGCGUCGAGCAUGUUCUCCCCAGCCGUCAGCUAUAUGGCUGCCGACUUCAAAGAAACCGAUGAAACGAUCAUUUCAUUUACCGUCAGCAUCUACCUUCUGGGUUAUGUGUUCGGUCCCCUAGUUCUAGCCCCGCUAAGUGAGAUCUACGGACGACGGAUCGUCCUCAGCAUAUCGAACUGGUUCUUUGUCGUCUGGCAAAUUGGAUGUGCGCUCGCCCCGAAUAUUGCAUCUUUGAUCGUGUUUCGGCUCUUCGCAGGGGUCGGAGGAUCAGCAUGCCUAACGUUAGGUGCGGGGGUCAUCGCAGAUCUCUUUGAGCCCCAGCAACGAGGAAAGGCAACAUCCAUUUGGGGGGUGGGACCUCUGAUCGGUCCGGUCGCGGGUCCCAUAGCCGGAGGCUUUCUCGGUGAAGAAGUCGGCUGGCGGUGGGUGUUUUGGGUGCUGUUGAUUGUGGGAGGGGCUACGGCAUUGGGAAUUGAGAUCCUCAACCGGGAGACGUACGCCCCCGUCAUCAUCCGGCGGAAAACCGCCAAGCUAUCCAAGGAGCUGGGGCGAACGGACCUACGCAGCGCAUACGAGCUCAAUAGAGGGCAAGCCUCCACAGGUCAAUUUCUGAAACAAAGUCUGGUGCGGCCUAUGUUGCUGUUAGUCAAGUCGCCAAUUGUGUUACUGCUGUCGACGUAUAUGUCUCUCAUCUAUGGCCUUCUCUAUCUGUUCUUCACGACCAUUUCGAGCGUCUUCACGGAACAGUAUGGGUUCUCAACCGGCCUGUCUGGCUUGGCUUAUUUGGGUAUCGGUGUCGGCUUUAUGCUUGGUCUUGUCUUUGUAGCGGGCACGAACGACCGGAUCAUGCUGAAGCUCGCAGCUCGAAAUGGAGGCAAGACUGAGCCGGAGAUGCGACUCCCCUUGAUGAUCAUCUUCUCCUGUAUCCUGCCUAUCAGCUUCUUCUGGUAUGGCUGGACGGCCGACAAGCAUGUCCACUGGAUUGUACCCAUUAUUGGAAUGGCACCGUUUGGCAUCGGAAUGAUGGGUGUUUAUCUUCCUAUCCAGACAUACAUCAUCGAUUCCUAUCCCGCCUACGCCGCAUCAGCGAACGCAACCUUGACGGCGACACGAUCUCUCGUGGGUGCAUUGCUUCCCUUGGCCGGACCGUCGAUGUUCGAAGCGCUUGGCCUUGGCUGGGGGAAUUCCCUCCUCGGAUUUCUGGCACUGGCUUUCGUUCCGAUCCCUAUCGUGUUUACCAAGUGGGGCAAGCUCAUCAGAGAGAAAUACCCCGUAAAUUUCGACAAGGCCAACGCUUGA